AUGCGGACAAUCUUAUUCUCUACGGAAAGGGUGACUGCUAAUAGCUGGGAAAGUGGACUGUUCAUUUUAUUCUUGGUUGUAUUUGCUCUAAUUGCGGCUGGUUACGUGUUUAUUAAGGGGCUAGAAGACCCCUCAAGGAGCAAGUAUAAACUUAUACUAAACUGUUCUCUUAUUGUUACUUCUGUGAUACCUCCCGAGUUACCAAUGGAAUUAUCUAUAGCUGUUAAUACUUCUCUGAUUGCACUUGCACGCCGAGGAAUUUUUUGCACAGAACCUUUUCGGAUACCAUUUGCUGGGAAGGUUGAUAUAUGUUGUUUUGACAAGACUGGGACACUUACAUCUGAUGACAUGGAAUUUUCCGGACUGGUUGGGUUGACAGAAACUACAGAUUUGGAAUCUGACAUGAGUAAAGUGCCUGUGCGAACAGUAGAAAUCCUGGCUUCUUGCCAUGCGUUGGUAUUUGUUGAGAAUAAGCUGAAGCAUGCCACAGUUCAAUAUUUCCCCUCAACUUUUUUCCUCCUUAAUCCAUUGUCCUCUGGUUUAUAG